AUGUCUACAAUCGCAUUCCUUAGCGGAGCGUCAUGGCGUACUCUCUGCUCUGGGCGCUGUGUAAACCGCGGGAUACACAGGCUACACCUGGCUCGAAAUCGCGCACUCUACCAGUUCCCUGCAUGGUCAACACGACCGUCUGUCAACCGUUUCUCUGUAUACUCUCCCUUGAAGAAGAAUGAAGACCGAAAGGAGCCGACGCGGAUUUUGAAGCCCUUGGCUAUCCUGAGAGAGAACAUCUACACAAUACCGAAUGUCUUGACCGUGUCUCGUAUUCUCGCAUGCCCCGUCCUCGGCUGGGCUAUCGUACACGACAAUUUCCAGUUCGCCACUGCUCUGCUCGUCUAUGCCGGUCUAACAGAUACGGUGGACGGCUUCAUCGCCCGCAGAUAUAACAUGACUUCCGUGCUGGGAACCAUAUUGGAUCCAGCUGCAGACAAGACCUUGAUGACGACCUUAACGCUGACGCUGGCUUACAAGGGCAUGAUACCAGUACCACUUGCGGUCAUCAUUUUCGGGCGAGAUGUCCUCCUUAGCCUAUCCGCGUUCUACAUUCGUUACACUUCGCUGCCGAACCCAAAAACGUUCACGCGCUAUUGGGACAUGUCAAUACCGUCCGCCGAGGUGCAUCCCACGCGAAUAAGCAAGAUCAACACAUUGCUUCAACUCUCGCUCAUGGCACUGACGACGGUGAGUCCCGUACUACCGAUGGAUCUAGGCGUUGUGCUCCAGGCUUUCCAGUGGGUAGUGGCCACUACCACCAUAUGGAGCGGGGCAUCCUACCUAUUCUCGAAGGACGCGGUCCGCGUCAUCUCUGCAAGACGGAAGCCGCCUUCAUAG